AUGUCAGAGAACCCGAAAGGAAUUAAUCUAUCGCCAGAGAAUUUAAAGUGCGAAGAAUAUCAGCUCAGGAUAACUCAGCUCGAAGCCCAAAUCCAAGAUAUGAGCGCGGAUCAUGAUCAAAGCACCAAGGCAAUCAAAGACCUAACAAGCGAGCUACGUCAGCAGCAAGUCAUCACAGAGAAGCAUUCUGACGAGCUAAAACUCCGAGAUGAGACUAUUGAGGCUCUUCGAGGAGAGCUUUCUGCUUGUCGCGAAGAACAGAAGCUAAAUAACGUAACAACCGGUCCUCAAGAUGGCCUGCAGUCAUUAACGGCCACCAAAUGGCACGCGCCCAAAGAGGAUCGCUACGCAAGAGAUGAGCUCUUCAAAAUAGGAGAUAGAAUUCGGCAGUGGGCUAGAAACAACAGUGCGUCAUUUACUGAUCUGGACGGUGUGGCGACAAGUGAUACAGAUUCCGCUGUAAAGUACCUAAGCGGUUACUGUGCUGUUAGGGACUGGAAGGCGCUGAUCAACAAGUUUCCUGUCUCCAAAGACAAGGCCCCAGCGCUUCUUGUGCAAGCCAUUUUGGCCAAGGACCUGUUUGAAAGGUUGUUCAAAGACCCUUUUUUUGCUUUCAUCGCAAUUGAACGCGACGAGGCGAUGCCACGGCCAGCGCAAAUGCGUGUACUUCAGGACGGCAUAACGAGAGUCAGCAAUGACGACGCCCAUAUCUGGCGUUCUCAAACCAUCCGCAGUCUUUCCACUGCAAAAGAUCCAGAAACCCAGCCGUUUCUCGCAGCCCGAAUCGAACCAGUUUGCAGGCAGUUUAUAUCAGAACUCCUUUCUAGCCCAAUUCGCUUCCUACUUCGUACUAGCGAGAAAUCUACACAAAGCUAUAACAAGUGGGUCGAAGAGCUACUCUCUUUAUACAAAGUGGCAGCGCAGCUUGCACUUAUACUAUGGGGACAGCGAGCUUCCAUAGCUGUUCGGACACUGGAUGAGCUACCACUAUUCAGGAUAGGGGACGAAGAGGUUAGCGCCCACCGAUUGCAUCAUCUGGACGAAGAAGACACCAGGCUAGAUGGGAAGAAGGCGCUGUUACUGGUCCAACCAGCCAUAUUGGCUUUCGGCUCUGAAAGCGCCGAACACUAUGACCAGCAUAAAGUAUGGGCGCCGGCUGUUGUGCUGCUUGACACUCAAUAG